UUUUGCGCUUGGGUACCGACAGUAACUCACGUGAUUUCACGUCUAAGAUACCCUGCUAUCUUUAAAAGUUGAUCAUUAAUACUAUUCAUUAUGCAAAAUGUAAAUAAAAGGCAUACCCGCAACAGCUAAAACCCCGUGCAUUCGAGUCGAAGUCAGUUGUCGAAAAGAUAAUGCUGUUGGUGACAACGUGAACAAGUAAAAUAACCGUCCUGAAUUCUGAACAAGCGAUCCUGAUUUCAAUUAAAUACCAUCUAAUUAUUCGAUAUAUUUAAAUAAUCAGUACAGGUAGUAAUUCUCUUCGUUAUAAGGGAUCACGGAGUAAAUUUUAGGAUGUUUUCGCCAGUCAUGAAGAAAACAAGCACUCCAGCGGACUAUGUUCUCUAUCCUCUUACUAAUGGACAAGAUGCACAAUUCUGCUUGCAGGAGUCAGGAACAGACAAUUCUAAUGCAACAGAUGCAUACCAACAAAUGGACUUCAGAAGCUACGGCCUGGCGGAAUGGAGAUAUCAUAGCAAAGGAAAUAGUCAUUGCAAUCAGACUUCAUUUGUUCUUUCUGGGCAGCAGAUUUCGCAGAAUCUCGCAGUAGGCAUACAUAAUUGUGUCUUGAAUAAGACCUCGAGUUCGGCAGAUGAGGACCGGAGGAUGAUAGUAAACGCAAGAGAAAGGAGGCGUAUGCGAAAGAUGAACGAAGCAAUGGACGCACUGCGUCGUGUCGUGCCGAAUUAUCCAUCCAAGGGUAAAACAAGUAAAAUGGAGACUUUGCUGUUAGCACAAACGUAUAUUUUGGCGUUAUCACGGUUGCUAAAGGAGCCGGAUCGUAAUGGAGAUGAUAUUCAAGUUGACGAAAACUCGUUGGCUGCUAGCAUAACGGAUAAAAUCGACGCCAGCGAGACGUGACAUCAUUCAAAGAACGCAAAAUACAGCAGCGUAUUCUUUAAAAAAACUGUUUCUAUAGAACUACUACAGACAAACAUAUAAUGCAUUCCGAAGAAGAAUUGGUUCUUCUGACCAGGACUCACCAAGUUGUUGCUAUCGUAUUUAAUCAUUGGACCUUUAAAUAAAACUUCUGAUGUAAACCUUUUAAGAACAGUCUUGUUGGUUUAAUGGAACGAGUAAAAUAUAGGCCUAUUAUAAUAUAAUACGCUUGUUUUCAAGUACCAGUAGACACCAUUCGAUUAAAAUAGGAAUAACAAUUAUAUUAUAUGGUGCUUAUUAUUUUAUAUUAUGUAUAUAUUAAUUCUUGUAUUUUUAAGAGAUUUUAAAUAACUUCAAAGAAUCGACGCACAACAAGUGUUUUUUUUUGGUUUUUUUUUUUUUUUUUUUUUUUUUCUCUUU